AUGUGAAUGAUCCAACACAUUUGGUCACGUGUUUGCUAAAUUUUUUUGGCUAUUUUCAUGUGGGUCUAUAGAAAAUGGUUUUCAAUUGCAGACCAAAAUCAUGGAUCAGUAUGCCUUAGACCCCUAUGAGCAGCAGCUGCUAAAAGUCUUCAACAGCCACGACAAAGACAGUUGCGGCAGUCUCGAUAUGGAGUGCCUGACUCGACUUUGUCAAACUCUCCAACUUGAAGAACAGGGCGUCGAAUUGGUGAAAUGUCUCAUGAACGAUAAUCACUCAAGAAUUACUUUCACAGAAUUCAAGAAUGCGCUGUUGGCUUUACUGGGUAACAUGGAAAGCAGUAAACCUUCCAAAACCGAGGAACUGGGCGAAAACGCUUUAAAAACCUCACCAGAACGCGAGGUUUCACCUAAAUUCGUUUACGGGUCGAAGAAGUAUGGUCGGAGAUCCCGCCCCAAAAACGAAGAAAUCAACUCGAUAUACAACGAGCAAAACGACUCCAACUCAAAUAAAACCCCGAAUGCUGUGACCGUCCAGAGAUCCAAUUCCCAAUCGGAGGUGUCCUCCAAAAAAAGAAAAACGAAUUACAAAUUGAAAAGGUGCACUUCCCUACCAGGUCGCAACGAUUUGCUGAUCAGCAACACCUCUCACGUAUUGCUGUGCGAACCUGAACUGGUGUGCACUGAAGAGAUGCUCCGGGAAGCAUGGAAGAAACUGGGAGUAGGCGAGGACGGUUACCUCAAUCAGAACGAGCUCGUACUAGUGUGUGACGCUAUCGGUCUGCACAAACUGGCAGACGGUGUUAUAAGACAACUGUCGGACAAACUGUCCGUGAAUCGUAACCACAAAAUCAGUUUCCAGGAACUGUUGGCUAUUCUGCAGCAGGACGACACUUGGUUCGAGGUUUUAAACGAAACACCAGUGAUUCAUCAGUCUCCCGACAACAUGUUCCCUGAUUCGCAAACAUUCCACUUCAUCACUUUGGGCCCUGAUGGCAACGGAAUGAUAAAAACCGACAUAUUGAUUGAAAUGUGGGAAAAUGUUGGGGUACACUCGCCCAAAGAAUUGCUACACGAGCUGGGUUUCAAUUCCAGAGUGAUAAGCAUUUUGGAACUGGCUGAGGUGCUGGAGAAACAGAUGAAGAGUAUCAACGAAGUUACUAGAUCCGAAUACCAGAGUCCACAAAUAGCCUUACUGCAAGCUAGUUUGACCCUGUAUCAAUCUGAAAUCAAGACGUUCAAGAAUAUUUUGGAGCAAAUGCAAGCAGAACGGGAGAAGCUCAAAUAUGAUGUCUCCGAGGCUAACAAUAGAGCAACCCUUCUUGCCCAAGAGGUUGAUGACAAUCAUUCUAGAAUGGAGCAAAACACCUUGAACCAAGUGAAGCUCCUAGAGCAAAGACAUACUGAUAUAUUGAAAGAAGUGACAGCACAGUUCACCAAGGAUAAAGAACAGCUGUCCAAUAUGAAUCAAGCUCUAGAGGAGAAAAUUCAUAAUCUUGAGCAAGAAGUGACCAAGCUGAAGAAUGAUCUCUUGGCUGCCCAGAAGUAUUUACUCAAUAUGGAGAAGGAGAAUCAGCUACUGGGUGAGAAAAUCGCGGAUCUGGAAAAAGACAAAGCCGGAUUGAACCAUCAAAUAGAAUCAUUGGAAACGGACAAACAAACCAAUAGGGAGAUGGAACGCGAGGAGAGCCAAAUGGUACUGGCCAAACUGUCUGCAUUGCAGUUGGAGAAUUCCCAAUUGAAGGACAAAAACGACGAGAUGGUGUCGGAAAUCGAAAGUUUGUCUGGGCAGAUAGCAUGUAUGAGGACGAAAGUUUCCAGCACACCCACGGCAGGACCGAAUUCCCUGGACCAAUCCAUGGAGGAGAAUAUUUCGAUUAUUUGUGAAGGCGUUGGACUCGGAGCGAAACGUAGGAGCGACUAUUCUCCUACCAAGGACGCCAAUUUGUUCAAUAUCACGGAUGGUAGUCCAAGAUUGGGAAAAAUAAGGAAAUUCCAUAAUGCCAAACGAGAAAAUCUAGACAUACCGUUUGCGUCUAGUGAAAGUGGUUUCGAUACGGAAGUAGAUUGCGUUGAUUCAGUGUCGAUAGAAGAAAAUGAAAAUAUCAAGAGGUUGCAAUCCAAAAUAGCCUUUUUGGAGCAAAUCUUGAUACAAAAUGGCAUUGCACUUCCUAGUUGUGAGAUUGAGAAAUCUGGACCCAAUUUGAGUACAAACUGUUUAUCUAAUCGAGUAAGAAUCCUAGAAAUGGUAAUCAGAGAAGUUAAACGAGCAUUGACGAAAAUGAUUGAAAAAGACAAUUUGAAUUGUGAUGACAUUAAAAAAGUUGCUGAGGAUCUAGAGAAGGUAUUUUUCACGGCAAGGCAAAACGAUCAUUUUGAUGAUCUUGAAGAGAAAGUAUGUGAGCAAUCAGAUCAAAAGUAUAUUGAUUCUAGUUCUCAAGCUAAUCUCAUGGACUCGUUCGAGGAAAAGGUCAUUAAAUUAGAAAACGAAAAUAGAGAACUGUGCGCAAAAUGUAGUGAGUUGGAAAGCUGUGUUGAAUUACUGAGAAACGAGUAUGAGAAAUGUGAGGAUUAUUGGCAAAACAAAGUAGACGAUGAACGCCAAAUAUUCGAUGCCGAACAAAAAAUAAAUAGUGAUAAAUUGGGAGAGUUGCUACUGAAGAUGAAGGAAUAUGAAGAACAAUAUGCCAAUCAAGAACUCAUGGAUAAUCGUUUACCGACAAUUGAAGAAACUUAUAAUUUGGAAAAACAGUUCACUGACCUAGAACAAGAAUUCGAGACGUACAAAGAAGAAAGUGGAUUGGAGCUGAUGAAAAAGGACGAAGAAAUAGCUUUGCUGAAGGAAAAAUUAACUGAACUAGCUCUAAGACAACAAAGUUCCAUACAAGUUCAUGCAAAUGCUGAAGAAUCUAGAAUAUUUAACAAAAUGAAAAGUUUAUCAUACAACGUUGUAGAAAACACGUGUAUUCAAUCUGAAGAGAUGAUGCCUCUCAAUGUUCAGUCAAACAUCACAUCACCACCACCAAAUAAUCUGGAAUAUGUCAAUCAGUCGAUGGUUUGGCACCAAGCUAAUCCGAAUACCGAUUCAGACAACUUUGUCAAUACCAAAUCUCUACCAGUCGACUGGAAUUUCACUAAUAAUACGAAAGUCCCCUCAAAUGCCCCUUCUACCUCGUCUAGCUCCACCUGCUUGGAUAAUACCUCCACCCCUUGCACACCCUGUAGACCCAAAAGGACUAGAAAAUUCGACAAGAACAUUUAUAAGAAGAACAACCAAGAUAAGGAUGUGAAAAAACCCGAGAUUGAUACCCAGUCGAGGAUGAACAAUGAUAAAAGAUUGCAGGAUACGGAUUAUUGUAAUCCUGGGCAGACGAUUUUUCUGCCGCUGAGGUCCUUCCAAAAUUUGAAUGCCAGAAGGAGCCAUCUGGAGCAGCAAGUGAGAUAUCUACGGAUGUGCCUGAAGCAGCAGCAUUACUGUAGCGAGCAGACCCUGCAACACUAUUGGUUGCAGUUCAGCGGUGAAAAAACGGAUCUGCACUCCAGACUGAAAUAUCUCCAGGAUAAACUGGAUCAACAGGUGAGAAUCAGUAGGGAUCAAUUGGAGAAAUUGGAAAGGACUGAUUUGCUCGUUAAGGAUCUCUAUAUCGAGAAUGCUUACUUGAUUGCUAGUGUACAGAGAUUGGAGCAGCAAUGCCAUAUGUUGGCCCAAUGCAACUCCAGUUCUGUAUGAAUUUACGAGAGGGGUUCCGAGUGAAGCAAACGAUUUUCAUGAUAUCUUUUUUGGAAUCUUAGAUUUUUUAUGGUUUAGGAACGUAUAUGGAUUCAUCAUGAGUUAGCACGAAUUCAAUGAUAUUCAUACCGUUGGUGAAAGAGAUUAUUAUUUUUAUUUCUACAAAAAUCUCAAAUGUUUUUGGAAACAGUCCGCCAGCCGUAAUUCCACAAUUUUUUCAUUUGAUUUCAAAAACAAAAAAUUAAAUUGAGACUUCGAAACAUAACCGAUAGUACUAUUCACUUCGUUUUCUAGUUCAAUAAUGUGGGUACCAUAAGUUUGAUUAACUUUUUCGGAUUUUUUUCGAAAUAUUCAUUUUACUAGCGUCAAUGUUGUGUUGAGUUAGUCACGAAAACAAUGGAAUCGGUUUAAUGUGUUAUUUUAAAAUUUAAUAUUAAAUUUUUUUAUUUUUCCCAAUCGGAUGAAAAUUACAAUCUCAGUUAGCGACGUUUUUUAUGCGUUGUUAGCAGACAAAAAGUUAUUCUUGGAUAUCAUUGUCUAAACAUUUAUUCUAUAGUCAUGUCUUUAUAUUUCCCUGUUUUGCUAAUAUUUUCAAGUGACCUGCAAUUUUGUUUUUAAUAGUACAACCAGUAAAUGCGAGCAAAAUACGGAAAAAGUAUUGUAGAUUCUUGAUUUACAAAUGAAGAUGCCAAAUUUUUAUUGCAGAAUUUUUGUGUACACUGUUUGCACUGUUUUUAAAGUAACUUAUUACAUUUUAAAUACCUACUAAAUUUUCUUUGAAUUAACCAAAUAUUCUUCGUCGGCACCUAAAUUAGGUGUAUAAUCAUAUUACGUUUUUAGAAUAGAUAUAAUAAUUUAUUUUACUAAAUAAUCCCAUUUAAGGUUGUUUGAAAGGCGUGUGUUCGACGUUAUUUUUUCUAGAGUUUUAUUACAUAUCAGUUGAUAAAGUACAUCCAAAGAAAUUUUUGAAUAUGUUGUGUAAUAUAUUGUUAUAUAAUAAUUACUAACUGAAAGUGUCAUAUUAUUGAAUAAAUUGAUAUAU